UUCUCUUCCUCUCUUUAGGGGCCUCUUCUCUUUUCUAGUUUUCUUUUUUUUCUUUUCACUUUCUCGAGGCCUCCCGUACUCUGAACCCUAGCUGCUAGCCGGAGAAAAAUUAAAGGAAAACAACAUAAAUUCAAAAGCGUAAUUUUCUUGCCAACCAAACCCUUCGAUUAAUCAUCCCCAAAUCAAUCGCUGAGAAAAAAAGAAAAAAACAUGCAGUACCAGAGGAUAAAGCAACAGCAACAAGCCUUGAUGCAACAAGCUCUUCUUCAACAACAGUCUCUUUAUCAUCCUGGCAUCUUAACUCCUCCUCAGAUAGAGCCAAUUCCAAGUGGAAAUCUGCCUCCUGGUUUUGAUCCAAGUACUUGCCGCAGUGUGUAUGUGGGAAACAUACAUACACAGGUGACUGAACCACUACUUCAGGAGGUUUUUGCAAGUACUGGUCCUGUUGAAAGUUGCAAGCUUGUCCGAAAGGACAAGUCAUCAUAUGGAUUUGUCCACUACUUCGAUCGUAGAUCAGCUACUCUUGCUAUAUUGUCUCUGAAUGGAAGGCACUUGUUUGGACAGCCUAUCAAGGUCAAUUGGGCAUAUGCCAGUGGUCAGAGAGAAGAUACAUCAGGUCACUUUAACAUUUUUGUCGGGGAUCUCAGUCCCGAAGUUACUGAUGCAAUGCUGUUUGCCUGCUUUUCUGUCUACCCCAGUUGUUCGGAUGCAAGGGUUAUGUGGGAUCAGAAAACUGGACGUUCAAGAGGGUAUGGGUUCGUGUCAUUCCGCAACCAGAAGGAAGCACAAAGUGCAAUUAAUUACUUAAGUGGAAAGUGGCUUGGCAGUCGGCAGAUCCGUUGUAACUGGGCAACAAAGGGUGCUACCAGCAGUGAUGACAAGCAGAGCUCUGAUGUCAAAAGUGUGGUGGAACUGACCAAUGACUCAUCUGAGGAUGGUAAAGGGACAACAAAUACUGAGGCUCCUGAGAAUAAUCCUCAAUAUACUACUGUUUACGUGGGCAAUCUUGCUCCAGAGGUCACCCAACUUGAACUCCAUCAUCACUUCCAUGCUCUCGGUGCUGGGGUGAUUGAGGAGGUUCGAGUUCAGCGCGAUAAAGGGUUUGGCUUUGUGAGAUACAGUACACAUGCUGAGGCAGCUUUGGCUAUUCAGAUGGGGAACACUCAGUCAUUCCUAUUUGGCAAGCAAAUAAAGUGCUCUUGGGGCAGCAAGCCUACACCACCAGGGACAAGCUCUAAUCCACUUCCCCCACCCGCAGCGCCUUUACACGGCCUUUCAGCCGCCGACCUUUUAGCUUAUGAGCGGCAGCUUGCCAUGAGCAAAAUGGGUAUUCAUGCCCUAAUGCAACCUCAGGGGCAACAUCCUCUCAAGCCGGGAGCAAUGGGAGUGGGUGCCGCUGGAGGAAGCCAGGCUAUAUAUGAUGGUGGAUUCCAGAACGUUGCUGCCGCCCAGCAGCUGAUGUACUAUCAGUAAACAUAUAAAGAAAAGUGUGGUUGUGUGGUAUAUCCUUUUCUCCUGCAUUUUGUUUGCAGGGUUUAAUUCGAGUUCGAAAUAGGAAGCUUUUUAAUGUAUUCCCUCUUUCGUAGCGCAGAGAAUGCACCCUGCUUUUUAUCUUUUUAUAGGGUAUGCUUGUGUAUUGUUCCGUCGUUGCAUGUUUCCAGAUUUUAUUCGAGUUCGAGUCUACUAGGAAUGUUUUAUCUCCUUUACAUAUGGAUCGGAUGUAUGAGCAUUAUCUCC